AUGUCUUUAAACAUCCUUGUUGUUGGUAAUGGUGGCAGAGAGCAUGCCAUCACUUGGAGAUUGGCUCAAUCUUCCAACGUCCAAAACAUCUACGUGGCUCCUGGUAACGGAGGAACCUCCACUAUUGGUUCCAAAGUGAUUAAUGUGCCUGAGUUGUCUGGUUCUCCAAAGGAUUUUGAUAAGUUGCAACAGUUUGCUCUUGAAAAGAAAAUUGACUUGGUUGUUCCUGGUCCAGAACAGCCUUUGGUCGAUGGUAUUUCGUCUGUGUUUACCAAGGUUGGUAUCCCAGUGUUUGGUCCAAGUGCUAAGGCUGCUGUGAUGGAGGGCUCUAAGGCUUUCUCCAAGAUCUUCAUGGACAAACACAACAUUCCUACUGCAAGAUUCAAGAACUUCACCAACGUCGAUGAGGCCAGAAAGCACAUCGAGGAGAUUGACUACAAGAUUGUCUUGAAGGCCGAUGGUAUCGCUGCUGGUAAGGGAGUGUUGAUUCCACAAACCAAGGAAGAGGCUUUGGCUGGCUUGGAUGAGAUCAUGGUGGCCAAGAACUUUGGUUCUGCUGGUGAUGAGAUUGUCAUCGAGGAGUUUUUGGAGGGUGACGAGUUGUCCAUCUUGACCAUUACUGAUGGAUACUCAUUUUUCAACUUGCCUGCUGCCCAGGACCACAAGAGAAUUGGUGACGGCGACCAAGGUUUGAACACUGGAGGAAUGGGUGCUUAUGCACCUGCUCCAAUUGCUACUCCUGCUGUUUUGGCUAAGAUUGAUGAAUUGAUCAUCAAGCCAACCAUUGACGGCAUGAGAAAGGAUGGCUACCCAAUGUGCGGAGUGUUGUUCACUGGUAUCAUGUUGUCGCCAACCAAGGAGCCAAAGGUUUUGGAGUACAAUGUCAGAUUUGGUGACCCAGAGACCCAGACUGUGUUGCCUUUGUUGACUGACGAAACUGACUUGGCUGAAGUCAUGUUGGCUGCUGCCGAGCACCGUUUGGAUUCUGUCACUGUGGCCACUAAGCCAAACACUUUCUCCACUACUGUCGUCAUGGCCGCUGGUGGCUACCCAGAGGCUUACGGUAAGGGCGACGAGAUCACCAUUACUGAGACACCAAAAGACACAUACAUUUUCCACGCUGGUACUUCUGAGAAGGACGGAAAGGUGGUUACAGCUGGAGGCAGGGUCAUUGCAUCCACAGCCACCGCCUCUACUUUGAGAGAGUCGGUUGAUAAGGCAUACGUUGGUGUUGACCACGUUUCGUUCAACAAGAAGUACAACAGAAAGGACAUUGCUCACAGAGCAUUCAGAGAUGCCGAGAACACUGCCUCUGGAACUACCUAUGCUGAGGCUGGUGUUUCUGUCGACAACGGUAACUUGUUGGUGGAGCAGAUUAAGGCCAAGGUCAAGUCCACUUCCAGAUCUGGAGCUGAUUCUGACAUUGGUGGCUUUGGUGGCUUGUUUGACUUGAAGGCAGCUGGCUACGACGGCGCUGACACCUUGUUGGUUGCAGCCACCGAUGGUGUUGGUACCAAGUUGAGAAUUGCCCAGAUCAUGAACAUCCACGACACUGUGGGUAUCGACUUGGUUGCUAUGAACGUCAACGACUUGGUUGUGCAAGGUGCCGAGCCCUUGAUUUUCCUUGACUAUUUCGCAACUGGUAAGCUUGAUGUUGAAAUCGCUGCCAAGUUUGUCAGUGGUGUUGCUGAUGGGUGUAUCACUGCUGGUUGUGCCUUGGUUGGUGGAGAGACCAGUGAAAUGCCAGGUAUGUACGAUGAAGGUCAUUACGAUACCAACGGUACUGCCGUCGGUGCCGUUUCCAAGAAUGCCAUUUUGCCAAAGAUUUCCGACAUGAAGGCUGGCAACGUCUUGAUCGGAUUGAGAUCUGACGGUGUCCACUCCAACGGAUUCUCAUUGGUUCGUCACAUCAUCCAGAAAUCUGAGUUGGACUACAAGUCGGUCGCACCAUGGACCAACUCCGGCAAGACCAUUGGAGAGGAGCUUCUAGUUCCAACCAAGAUCUACGUUAAGCAGUUGUUGCCAGCCAUCAAGCAAGGAUUGUUGCUUGGUAUGGCUCACAUCACCGGAGGUGGAUUGGUAGAGAAUAUUCCUCGUGCUUUGCCAAAGAACUUGCAGGCUCAGGUGGACAUGAGCAAGUGGGAGGUUCCUGAGAUCUUCAAGUGGUUUGGUAAGCAGGGUAAUGUUCCAUACUCAGACUUGUUGAAGACUUUCAACGUGGGUAUUGGUAUGGUGGUGAUUGUUGAGGCUGACAAGGCCGAUGCUGCCAUUGCUGAAUUUAAGAAGGCUGGCGAGGACCCGGUUGUCAUUGGAGAGUUGGUUGCUAGACAGGGAGACACCCCAGGUUGUGUUGUCAACAACAUCGGAGACCUCUACUAG